AUGGCUGAGCCACAACCCAACAACGUGACCGAGGGUGCCGACCCACCAGAUGUCGUCCCCGCGUCCGAAGAAGACCGAAAAGCGGCCCAAGCCAUGUCUUCACUCGAUGCGACAGGCGCCGACGAAGCUCCCAAGAAAGAGGUGGAUCAAGAGGCGCUUUCAAAAGCCCUCAAAGACUUUGAACUCAGCCAAGCUCCCAAGAAAACUACUUCGGGAAAUGCGGUGAAGAAAGAAGCGGCGCCGAAGAAAAUCAUCAAGCUUGAUCCCGCAGAGGUGGCAUCGCUGGCGGAACAGCUGGACCUCAGCAAGGCCAGGGCAACGGAACUGCUGCGUGCACACGAGGGCGACACACUGAAGGCCAUGGUCCAAUGGGUCUCAAGUGCUGUAUAG